UCGUGCUGACGUCACACCGAGGAUCCGCCACAAUGUCAAACACUCACGAGCAGCGCGAGCUCAUGGCCUCCACGCGCCACCAUGUCCCGGACUCCCGCCGCCGCCGCCGCGUGCAGCUGCUCGCCUCCGGUCUCCGUUAACGGCUCAGCUCCGUGAUACCGGACAGGGAUGGUGUGCGAGGUGAAUGUGAGUGUGUGAGCCAGGUCAGAGGUCAUGCUGCAGAGGGAAUCCGACCCCCACGGCCUCUUCUCCUCCGGAGAGACGUUUGACAAUGACUGUGAGAUGGGGGCGAGUUGUGUAGAUGUAGUGUGUCUGUGCGAGGCUGGUCCCUGUACACUGUACUCAGAAGCACACACGCCCACGCCGGACACGCUGCUGUGUGAACACUGUGGGAAAAACAGGGUGAUGAUAACCAGGUACUCUGAGGGCUACGGCACAGAGGAAGAGUGUUUGCUGUCGGACCCUCAGGGGGAGAGUGAUGCUGAUGCUGAUAUAGAGGAUACAGACUGCAGACUUCAGGAGCCGGGCUCCCUCCAGCGAAUCAGCUCACGGAGGCGUAAGCGUCCCCGAGUCGCGCGGCAAGACACCACGGAGAGCGAGGACGAUGGUGGGAGGAGUCACAGAUCCCAUCGCUGGACCCUCCGGCUCAGUCCGGACAGAGCCCAGAGCCGGACCAUCCUGGAGGAGAGCAUAUCACAGGUGAGGCCGCUGAUCAUCUGCCGGCCCAACGUGGAGAUGCAGAGGAGCCGGGUGGAUCUGCCCCGAGGCUCCAAACCGACGUCCCUGUGGCCGUCGUCCCUCUCUCUCCCCGUCCUCCUCCUCCUCUCUCUGCCCCUCUCCCUCUCCCUCCUCAUUGUUAUCGUCUCCUUCCUCCUCCCCUGGGCCAGGGCCUGACCCCAUCAUCUCUGCUGCAUCAUUCCAAACAUGUGAAAAACUUCCAACAAAUUUGAAAAUGUCAUAGACAGAUGUAGUGUGCUGUGAAAAGGUUAGCAGACCAACUAUGGGCUUUCACACCUCCUGUUUGGUUCAGACCUUCUGAGCUCUCAGUUCAGUCCAAACCAACAUAACAGGUGUGAAAGGUUCCUCGGACCAUGGUCUGGACCAAAGGACUCUUGGACCAAUAGCAGGACGUUGCUCAGGAACACUUGAAAGGCUGUUUCUCUCUAAACAGGUUUAAACAUAUAAGUAGACAGAACAUCUAAAUACGCAAAAUAUUAAGUUCUCAAAAAAAGAACACAACUUGGUAUGCAGUCAAAAGGCAGAGGGUAGAUGGGAUGUGAGCAGAAAACUGGAUUACCAUGAGAAUGAUAUUACAGUGGCAAUGAACUUAACUAAAUUAGUUCAUUAAUUGUCUCCAUUCAAACAACAAGACUUUAAUCUGCCGAAGUGAUAACGCCUGUCUAAGAACCAAUCAGAGGCCAGUUUGGGUAGAAGCAGCUCACGACGUACGUAUGUCAGACACAAUUCUUCAAUCCGCUCCCUAAGUUACAACAUGAAACCAGAAGUAACCAGAUCACAUGAGGCAGAGACGUGAAGCUUGGGUCGGACCCUGGUCCAGACUCGUGUGGCCAUGAAGAUGUCAAGAUAAUUACGUUUUUAUUUCUUCUUUCCCUCACAUGUUGAAAUGAUUUUAAGCAUCUUGUUUGUUUGUGUUUUUGGGGGUUGACCUUUGGGUUUUAAGAUACGUGACAGUGCCACACUGCACCUAAAGCUCCUGAACGUGCUCACAAUGAAAACAACAUGAACUCAGCGUUUGCUUCUGCCUCAGAACAUCUCACCUCGCUUCCUCACCCCCUCGUUUGUAAAAAUAGAGCUCUCAUCUCAACGAGCCACAGGAGCAGUACGGUGUUUGGAGGGGUGUAAAGGUUUCAUGGCUGAAGAAAUAGAGCAGGCUCCAUAUGAAAACAUCUCAACACGACGACCCUGCCGAACUAUGCAAACACUCCUCCUGCUGCAGUGAAACGUCUCCUGUGUCCACUUUUCUCUCUGAUGAAUAUAUUUCACCAAUGCAGGGACUAAAAUAAGAGCACGAUCAUAUUUAAAAAGCAAUAGCGGGGGGGAUCAGGUGUGUGAUCUACUGUGCAUCUGCUCUUUGGGGAUAACGUGUUGUUUGACCUGUGAAGAGGUGGAUCCCUCUUCUUCUUCUUCUUCUUCUUCUUCUUCUUCUUCUUCUUCUUCCUCCUCUUCCUCCCUCUGGCUGCACUUGUAUAUUUUUAGAGAAAUGAGCUGACCUCAAAAUAAAACGAGCUUUAGUGGAACUUUACUAUGUUAAAGUAAUUUAAACACUUUUCACAGUCUUACAGUCAAAACAUUGCUAUCGUGUUUAAUAGUAUUUAUGUUUAUGUGUCUGUUCAUGAGUGAUUAUUUAAGAAAGAAAGUGAGCUUGACAAUCAGUCGUGCUUCUUGCUGUAAAAAGCCAUUUUGCUGUGGCUUCUCUGUUCUGUACAUUGAACAUUAAGUUGUUUUUGAAUGACUUUGAAUCAAUUUGUUUUUCACUCCCUUGGAGAACGGUCUGUUUGUGAAUUUACAUCAGGUUGUAUAAGCUCAUUUCAUUCAUGUUGAGGACCUUGUUUCGUUCCAGUCUGUUGUAACGCCCGGACUUUAUUUGUGUAUAAUGUAUCUCCACCUCUGUUUUCAUUGGGGCAAUAGAAGUUCAAUAAAACUAGAUUGUAUUUUGACAAAAAAAAGAAAAA